UAUGGUAAACGUCAUUGUCACGUCAUUCAUGUUUGUAACAACAAGACAACAGUGAUUUGCUUAGAGGAAGAUAUUCUUGAAAAUUCUGUGAUUUAGAUCAAAAUCUCAAAAUUAAAUAAAAUCCAAAACCUCAUCAAAAUAAUUCAGUGUAUGGGGCAAAUUCAACUUUGGUGAGAAAAUGUCAUCCUCUAACACUUUACAAAAAGCUAUAGAUCUUGUCACAAAAGCAACUGAAGAAGAUAAAAACAAGAACUAUGAGGAAGCAUUGAGAUUGUAUGAACAUGGUGUGGAAUACUUUCUGCAUGCAGUUAAGUAUGAAGCACAAGGGGAGAGGGCCAAGGAAAGUAUUAGAGCGAAAUGUCUCCAAUAUCUUGACCGAGCUGAGAAAUUGAAAGAGUAUUUGAAGAAAGACCAAAAGAAAAAGCCAGUCAAAGCUGGUGAGUCAGGAAACUCGAAGAGUGAGGAUAAAAAAAGUGACAGCGAUAGUGAUUCUGACAAUCCCGAAAAGAAGAAACUUCAAGGCCAAUUGGAGGGUGCUAUAGUUGUCGAAAAGCCUCAUGUUAAAUGGAGUGAUGUUGCUGGCUUGGAAGCUGCUAAAGAAGCAUUGAAAGAAGCAGUGAUCCUACCAAUCAAAUUUCCUCAUUUGUUUACUGGUAAGAGGAUACCAUGGAAGGGAAUUCUGCUUUUUGGACCACCUGGUACUGGUAAAUCUUACUUGGCUAAGGCAGUUGCAACUGAGGCCAACAACUCCACCUUCUUUUCUGUAUCAUCAUCCAACCUUGUCUCCAAAUGGCUUGGUGAAUCAGAAAAGUUGGUCAAGAACUUGUUUGAACUUGCACGAGAACACAAACCUAGCAUAAUCUUCAUUGAUGAAAUAGAUUCUUUGUGUUCUUCACGAUCAGAUAAUGAAUCUGAAUCAGCUCGUAGAAUCAAGACAGAAUUUCUUGUACAAAUGCAGGGUGUAGGUAAUGAUAUGGACGGGAUCCUUGUCCUUGGGGCUACAAAUAUACCAUGGGUUUUGGACGCAGCUAUAAGGAGGAGAUUUGAGAAACGUAUUUACAUUGCACUACCAGAAGAACAUGCUCGUUUGGAUAUGUUUAAGUUACAUUUAGGUAACACAUACCACACAUUGACUGAACAAGAUCUUAAAACUCUUGCAGCAAAAACUGAGGGUUAUUCUGGAGCUGAUAUUAGUAUUGUAGUUCGUGAAGCAUUGAUGCAGCCUGUACGUAAAGUGCAGUCAGCCACACAUUUUAAGAAAGUUUCUGGGAGAUGCCCAACAAAUCCUGACCUUAUUGUAAAUGAUCUAUUAGCCCCCUGUUCUCCUGGUGAUCCAGGUGCGUUGGAAAUGACGUGGAUGGAAGUACCAAGUGAUAAACUUGGUGAACCACCAGUCACAAUGUCUGAUAUGCUGCGUUCUUUGGCAACCUCCAAGCCAACUGUAAAUGAUGACGACAUGACGAAACUGAAGAAGUUUAUGGAUGAUUUUGGCCAGGAGGGUUAAGCUUAAGCUCUAAUUUGAAGUAUAUUUUAUGUAAAUUGUUUUCUUAGCACAGUGCCUCCUAUUGCAUAACUAUGAUUCGUUUUGUAAACAUUUAUUCAUAGGUCUUGUGGUGAGACUAUGGCUGUCUGUGAAAGAUGCAUAGCCAACUCAAAUCUGAGCUUUCAUCACUAUUUAUCAUUGAUUGGCUGACAUUGUCGCAACCAACCUUUAUUUCAAGCAACCAAUAUGUAAAAUAUUGGUAAGCUGAUUGUCACUCUUAAUGGUAACUGGCCAUUAUAAUCAAUUUUUAUUUUUAAAUUGCAUAAUUUCUUUAUAUACCACUGGCCUUAUUAUUAACAUAGUUGUAAUAUCUAUUAUUUUUAAUUUUUCAUGUAUGUUAACAUUUAAUUUAUGGCACCAUCUUUUAUAUUACUUUAGACCAUAAUAGGACAGCGGUAUAUGUAUUUGCAAUAAACUUUUGACCACCACAAUAUCUUUUAAAUAGUGCCCAUUGCGUUAGAACAUAAAUGUCGAAAAUGUCAAUUUUUUUAUUCAAAAUGUUUGACUAUCAAUUUAACUAAAAUUAACUUUAAUCAGGCUUCUCAUAUGGUUCAGAUCAUACAAUUUGUCGUUAAUAUUAUUGUAAGGAGAAUGAUAAAUUAGGUAGUUAAAUUCUAUGUAAUGUAACUAUGUAACCAUAUGUAAAAAAAAUUUAACCAUGUAUCGCCCAAAUAUGUCCCUAAAUUCUGAUCUUGGUGUUGAAAAUAUAAUCACAAUAAUGUAAUAAGAUUCACAAAAAUAGUAGUAUUCAUUAUAAUAGUACUUUUCUUUUAAAAAUUAACUAUUGUAAAAUUACUACUUUAUAUUUUAUUACAUUGAUAUUUUGGAUAUAACAUUCUAUUGUUAUACGUCCAACUAGUGGAAGAAUAAUAAACUUCAAAAAGUAGUUAACAGGGUUCCAAUUACAAUAAUUUGCGUAUUAAUGAUAAAGCACGCACUACAUAAAUUAGUAAUAUCCCACAUUUUGUAAAAUAAAACAACGGAGAAUACUAUUUCUAAUGUGAUUUAAAAUUGUGAUACAAAAUGGCGGAUUUUGGUUUUGCAUUUUUAGGUUAAUUUUUUUUUGUUACGAAAACUUAAACGAAAUUAUCGGUAAUUUUUCAUAUUCACAAUGAUGAAUUUAAGAUUUAGAAAUAGGAUCAAUCGUAGUUAUCGUGGAUUCCCAACCGAUUGCCUGAAAUUUAAAGUUGUAAAUGUAUUUUGUCUAAUAAGCUGUUUAUGUUUACAUUUAAUAAAACUUAUGAAAGCGAAA